AUGUAUAAUCUACAACAAUACUUCUUACAGGUCUGCCCACAGUCUGAGAUCCUGAGCUGGAUAUUCAGCCUUAUUGGAUACCUCCAGAUAGCACUCUUUUCCGCCCUGCGCGUGUUCGCAAUCUGGAAUAGGAGCUAUGUCUGGUCGCUGAUGGUGUUCACACUGAGCAUGGUGCCAUUUGCGACAAAUCUAUAUGCCGCGGUGGAGGCGGAGUACACAUCUAUUCAAGUCUUGGACCGGCUCAUUGGAGUGACAUGCAUUCAAGAGCCCCUGUUCUCCGCGCAAACACAUCGCAUAGGUACGCUCCGCGUCACAUCCACCACACGCGGCUUACUCGUCCUCGCCGACACUAUCGUGCUCGUCUUGACCUGGAUUAAAACAUUCAGACACUGGAAGAAUGCUCGCCACCUCAAGAUGAGGUCAUCAGUGACGACGUGUUUGCUGCGCGGUGGAACUCUGUAUUUCAUAGCUCUGCUAGCGAUAAAUAUAGCCCAGCUACUGACCUAUGGCUCCUCCGGGGCCCCAUCAUUUCUAAACAUGUUUAUUACGACUCUGCCCCCGGUGCUCAUUGGCCGCUUCAUGAUCAAUCUUCGGACGGCUGGCUCGGAAACGGGGCCGGACUACUCUGUAAGCGAAGGACAGUCGGCGCUACAGUUCAGAAAGCCAACAAUUCAACUGGGCAAUAUUGGAGAGACGCUGCAGGGUGCCUGGAGCGACGAAUCCUGUGACGAAGAGAAUGACCUCGCUGAAGUGGAUGAGGGGGAACGUCGUGAAACUACCAGUGCUGAAGUAUGAACCGUCGCCGAAGAUCUCUGGGGCACACACUAGUGUUUUAAGCGGACAGCGGGGUCUGUAACUUAUGCGAGCAGGAAAUUCGAAGGCUACGAUAUCGACUAAUCCCGAGUGCAGGCUUUGAGCGCUUGAGCCUUGGCCUGUAUAUCACUCAUACCGUUGAUGGUACAACGCUUAGCUUAGGAAAUACAACUCGACCAUGUACGGGAGGCUCUUAGGCCAUUCAAGUACUGUUGGUACGCACACUGUACUUGUUCGUAACAUUGUUUGUGUUUUCUGUAUUCAUGGAGUCUG